GCACCUCGGCGGCAGUGAAAUUUUGAAUGAGCACAAAACCAAAGAGCAUUUCAAUUUGAGUUGCGAGUUAUUUUAGUUUAUUUUGAACCCCCAAAGCGGAAGGAGGCGUUUUUGAGAAUUUUCCUUCUUCUUUUUUUACAAGUAAAGUACAUAUAUGCAUAUACAUACAAGCCAAAUUUUGACAGUGAAAACAGAUUAGAAAACCUGUUUGUGGAGAAAUAUUUAGAAACAAGCAAAAACGUUAGAGGAAUACACUAACAAUUAUAUUAAUUUAUACGUGAAAAAGACUACAAGAAAAAGAUAUGAAUACAUUCAACGCAAUCGCUGCCAUAUAUGCGCCAGAACUUGCCGAUUUAACCGAUACAUAUAGAUUUCAACAGAUAAGAAGUUAUGACCCCAGCGAAGAUAAAUCUCCACCAAUCGCUGCUACAGUACAGAGUACACGUAUCGAGGAUAGAGCAAAUAAUAAUAUUAUAACGCUCAUGGGUAGACAAAUACCGGCUUCAAAUGUACGUAUUGUAGUGCUAGAAGACACCGAAGAGGAGCGUAAUCGGCGAGAGCACGCGACAUUUUAUAAGGAAAUCGGUCCGAACAAGAGCAGAAUAUCCAAUUCUGAUUAUCAAACUAUAAAUUGGCAUUGUGCUGGUACCGCUACACGUUCCCUGCUCAACAUAUUGUUCGAUAGGGAAACCCUAAGCACACACUCAACAUAUGCUUCAGGGCCUACAAGUUUGGUCAAGAGAGAAUUGAAUCCAUUAAAAGUGGAGGAUAUCGUGCAUUUCAUUUCAGCGAAAUACGGUUGCCGUGAAAAUAUUGUACGCAGCACCAUCUCGUCGAUGUGUAGCUCAGCGGCACAGAAGCGGAGACGUAGAGUUUCAUUGCAUAAUGCAAGAAGGCAUUAGUAGACUGUCUAUUCAGUUGAUAUUACUUAAUAUAUACAUACAUAUAUUUAUAAGUAACAAUACUUGUAGUUAAAUUGGUGUAACUGAGAUUUUCAAAAUUUAUAAUUCAUACAUAUAACAUUUUUGAAAAUACGUUCUGUGUACGUAUUUUUUCAAUUGCUUUGCAUGUAUACAUACAUACUUAUAUAUGUACAUGACUAGAAGCAGCUUUUAUAAUGCUGAAUAAAUUUACAAACAGUAUUCAAAAUACACUUUACUUUUACAUAAAGUACGAGACAUUGAUAAAUUGUUCCAAAAUUAGUUAAAAAAUAGGCGCUGGAUACUUAAUUAUUACCGUAUUUUCCACAAAAUUUCACAUCAGGCAUUUUCGAGAAAUUUAGUGAGUGCAAUAUGUAUAAUAAUGUAUAUAUAUAGCAAUAUAUCUAUAUAACAAUAUAUAUAUUAUACAUAACAAGCUAUAAAUGUAUCUAUAAUACCUGAAUAAAUUAAAUUUUCAUAAAUAGAGAAUUCUAUGUUAAGAUUAAUACGCUUAACGAUAUUUACUAAAAACCUAUGUAGUACAGCAAUCAAACCACAAUAAAAAAUUAAAACAAUAAAAAAUUAAAACAAUAUAAAAAAUAAAAAUUAUAUUAAUUUUGUUAUCCAAAUUGGUAAUCGAGUAUUGUAGUAUAUCUAAUAUAUAUGUAUAUAUAAUUAAUAUAAUUAAUUAAUUAAUAAUUAAACUAAUAUAUCCGUAUAUAAUAUAUAACCACUGAAGCAAUUUCUGGCCCAGCUCCACGGUGUGUUGAUGUUUUUCAAACAAAUGGCGCCAUAUACAAUUUAUUCUAAGGCGCUUCCGAACAGAUGAUGUAUUUUUUAUGAUGCACUUUUUUACUUCAAGUUAGAUAUACACACUUUACAGUGCCUGUCGAGGGGCGAUCACUAUUCAAAAAAUUAGAUUUCUAUAUUUUUGGAUGUUGAUCGAACCAGAACUUGAACCCAGGCAGUACGUACUUCGCUUAUGCACAUGUAUACAUAUAGAAUAAAAAA